AUUCUUAUUCAGCUGCUAAUAUGAUCCCGAGUUGGAAAUUGCUGUAAAACGUGUCAGGCGUCGCACCGGGUGUGAUGUUCUCUGACAGGAGACGUGAGCUAGGCUAGCCAACUUGAUAGCUAACGCCGCUUACCGCAAUGUCCAUUUGUUUUCCUCCAAAUGCUGUUAAACCUAAAGAGUGUGAAGAUAAACGUGGAGGCUUUCUAGCGGGUUGCCAACCGCCUAGCUUGAGUCGUGCAGGUUUCUCUUGGCAUCGCUCAUAUCAUUUUGAACGGUUUCUGAUUUUCAUAAAAGCCAGCCAUAUGAGCUGUCAUGUUUUCUAACAUUUUUGUAAGCCAAUAUAGCCCAUAAAAUGGACUAAGGCUAACGUGACAGAUGACGGCAAAGUAAAAGGCAAAUCUCCCGAGCUUGGCUUCAGGUGAAGGCUUUUUGGCGUUUCUCCGGAGAGCGGUUGCCACUCGGCUCGCCCGGAAAUGUCCCUGAGAAGAACGGAGGGCGUGUCCGUCGCACAGGCCUUGGCCAUGACGGUCGCAGAGAUACCCGUGUUCCUCUAUUCUACCUUUGGCCAGUCCAUCUUCUCGCAGCUGAGGCUGAGCCCGAGCUUGAAGAAGGUGCUGUUUGCGACGGCGCUGGGCAGUGUGGCCUUGGCGCUCACCGCCCACCAGCUGAAGCGGCGCGGCAGGAAGCGGAAGCAGGCCGUCCGCACCGAGGAGGACCGGGUGCCGACGGGCGUGCCCGAAGCGCUUCUCAGGACGGGGAGGCCGUCGUCGUUGAGGAGAGUUCCGCCGACGGGCCGACAGGUGAUGAGCCCCGGUACGCGCAGCAACGACACGCUGAGUGGCAUCUCCUCCCUGGCGCCCAGCAAACAUUCGAGCUCCUCGCACAGCCUGGCGUCCAUGCGAGUCGCGAGCUCGCCGAAUCAGUCGGCCAACCCGCCGACGCCCUGGGAGGCUGAGGAGGCUGCGGCGGCGGGGGAGCCGUUGGCGGCGGCGGCGGCGGCCGAGGACGCCAAUGCGGAGAAUCUCUACUUAAUGGGCAUGGAGCUGUUCGAGGAGGCCCUCCGAAAAUGGGAGCAAGCGCUGCAUGCUCGUCACACCCGCAGAAACUUGAGUUCCAGCAACAGCAGCUUGGCACUGCAGGGGACACCGUGCGGGGAUGCUCCCACCAUGGAAGCUCACAACAAAGUGUUUGCCGACAAGCUGGAGACGCUGCUGCACCGGGCGUACCACCUGCAGGAGGAUUUUGGCGGCAGCAUUCCCACAGAAAGCCUGCUGGCUGACUUUGUAGAGAGCGAGGGCACGCUCAUCUUCCCCCCGCUGGAGAGUUUCCGCAUGGCGGCAAGCGACGACGACGACGCCGCCACGGUCUCGUCCGAUGACUCCUUCUUCUCGGCCGUGGAGAUGUUUGACGCCAUUUCGCUACAAGGCCCCUACCAGCUCCUGAAGCCCGCCGCUCUCUACGAAGAAGCUCUGGCUCGUGUCAGGGAGGACCGAGUAGCCUACAGGUCGCUGAGGACUGAACUACUUGAAUGUUACGGUGACCAGGACUUCCUGGCCAAGCUGCACUGUGUCAGGCAAGCAUUCCAGAUGCUGUUGCUGGAUGAGACGCACCGCACGUUCUUCAUGGAGACGGGCAAGCAAAUGAUUGCCGGCCUGAUGGUGAAGGCCAACAAGAGUCCAAAAGCGUUCCUGGAGAGCUACGAGGACAUGCUGCUCUACAUUCAGCGAGAGGAGGCGUGGGCCGUCACCAAGAUGGAGCUGCAGGGCCGCGGGGUGGUGUGCAUGACCUUCUUUGACAUCGUGCUGGACUUCAUCCUGAUGGACGCCUUUGAAGACCUGGAGAACCCGCCCUCGUCCGUGGUGGCCGUGCUGAGGAACCGAUGGCUCUCGGACAGCUUUAAAGAAACGGCUCUGGCGACGGCUUGCUGGUCGGUGUUGAAGGCCAAAAGGCGACUUCUCAUGGUUCCCGACGGCUUUAUCGCCCACUUCUACGCCAUAUCGGAGCACGUGAGCCCGGUUUUGGCCUUUGGCUUUUUGGGCCCCAGGCAGCACUUGAGCGAAGUGUGUACCAUUUUCAAGCAACAAAUCGUGCAGUACCUCAAGGACAUGUUUGACCACGACAAGGUGCGCUUCACAACAGUGCAGUGCUUGGCAGAGGACAUCCUGAAACUCUCACACCGCCGCAGCGAGAUCCUGCUGGGCUACCUGGGCAUCGACGCCUUCCAGGAGCUCAACGGCGGCCCGCACGGCGACAUGCAUGGACCCUACUGAACUGCACCAGGUGUGUGUAAGGGACGGGGGGUCAUUCUCAUCCCCCCCUCCCUCCCACUCACUCGUCAGGUUAUCCGCUAC